ACUGUCGGAGGCAGAUGUCAUGGCAAAAACGGCGUCGUGUGUCGAAACGAUGCGAACGCUGAAUGUAGGAAUGGUGUUUGUUUUUGUAAUGAUAACUCUACUCAGAUGAACCAAAAAUGUGUAUAUGACGAAACAUAUGGUGGUAUAUGCAAGAACUGGAGCGGGGACUGUGCUUUAGACAAAAAUGCUGAAUGCAUACAUGGUAUAUGUCAGUGCAAAUAUGGAACACGGGAAGUAUCAGGGAAGUGUGUUACAGAUGAAACAGCUGGAGGUAUAUGCAUAGAAGACCAGGGUCAAGAAUGUUUGCUGGACUCGAAUGCGUUGUGUUUAAAUGGGUCAUGUGUGUGUAAGAAAGGAACGCAUCAGAUUGGACAGAAGUGCCAAAAGGAUGGGUCGUUGAGAGGUGUUUGCAGAGCUGGUAACUGUGAAGGCGAAAAUGUCACCUGCAGUAUCAAAACAAAACUGUGUGUUUGUAAAACAGGCUAUGUAGAAAGCAGAGGAAAGUGUAUGAAAUAGUACAGGUUUGGGUUACAGAAUAUCAGAUGGACCUACAAUGAAGAAGAUUGAGGUGUCAGCGGCAAAGAUUCCAAGAGUUGAGAGUGUAGCAUUAGAUAUGGCUUGUGUCUAAAAGAUCAGUAUUUUUCAUCAUCACAUGAAACAAAUUUGCUAAUGGUACAAUAUGGAAUCACACUGUGUUCAGAGUGUAGUCUGUUUACAAUACAGCGCUGUAGCGCCGUUAGUAUGGCAAUGUACAUGACAGCUAUGUACGAACAUUGUGUAAUAUAAAAGGGCAACCAAGACAAUUCAGUACUGCCCGUACAUGGAUUCGGCUUUAUUAUAUGUUUUGUUCUUGUGGGUCAUAAAGAACAUUUUAUUUUACUUUUAAAAUUAAUAGAAAUGUAUACACAUUUACUUGAAACGGACAGGCUCUUGUUUUGACUGGUGGCAUUCUGUGCCACCAAAUUGAUAUUUCCUGUAGAUUUUACUAGAUACUGGAAAAGGUUUUGUAUAUAUUGAUGUGAUCUGCAAUAAAGAUAAGCUAUAAAGGUGUUUAAAUGAAAAGUUGAAAAAUGUUUGAAUGUAUGAAAUUAGCAAAGUCUAUGCUUUACAAUGAUACGUUCGUUAUUGGUUUCGGCUAUGCACCUUAGAUAACAAAUGGUAUGCAGGAACGUAAAACUCUAAUGUUGCACUAGUUGAAACUUAUGUCAUUGACAUAUUUGAUUUAAUUAAAAAGUAAAAUGUUAAUGUGUCGUUUUCAGAUUAGUGUUACUGUAUUCGGCUGUCGUCAUCGGGUAAGAAUAUCGAAUAUCCGUUUAAGUCGUUACACUGUUAAGACCCGUUUUUCUUCCAAAAGAAGAUUAAUUUGGUUUUUACGUUGCAAAACGCCAACGUAGAUUACGUGGAAGUCAUUUAAAACGUCCGCGUUGUGGCUCCAAUGUAUUAUUUCAGUGACUCUCCCAUAAGGAAAUGACCGGAUUGCGUUUGAUAUUUACGCUUUAUGGUCUUUCAAUAAAAGAUUUUUCGAGAUAGCUACUUUUGAGGAGAAUAAAAGUCCAUACUGAUUUUAAUGAGCAGGCCUUCAGGUAAAUUAGAAAUUCGGGAAGUUUUGCAAAACAAAUUCUUUAUGAGUUUGUAUUAACUUUUUUUAAAUGCGCACUAUGAUACUUUUGACAUGAGUUGGAUCAAGCUUAAGGAUGACUACCCGUAAUAUGCCUCAAUUUCACCAAAAGCGUACAUACAACUUGAUAAUGUAAGCUUUGAAAAUGUCAAACGAUAGAAAUAAGGUGCAUAUUGACAAGUUAUAUAGUGACAGAAGUUCUCAAAAAUUCCCUUUAGAUUACCUCCCCUGAUAAUUUUGGUUUUUCAUGAGUUAUCUCCCCUGAAAACUAGAAAAAAAUAAUUUUCUCCUUUUCCA